CAGGAUCAGUUCAAGAUCUGAAAAAGUUAAAACGAUCCGAGUUCUGACCUUGAUCGCAGGAAGAGCAGCGCAGAGCUCUGACGACUGACAAUUGUUGGACGAAGGCAGAAAGAUAGAUCUUCGAUAAUCCCGCAAAUUAUCCGAUCCCUUCUCGCUCCAAUGGUGCGAAAGCGUUACCAAGAAGCUAAGACAGGCAUCGAGUAUCUGAAAUCGCUGAACUACAACAAGUACCUGAGCAAAGUGGGGAUAGGAAGAGACGACUGGUACUUCUGGAAGCAAAUAGGCAAGGCCCUGGCAUGCAGCUACACCAUCUUCGGCCUGGCGUGGCUCUACAACGAGACCUCUCCGCUCGGGUGGUGGACGCUGAAGCCAAGACCCAAGGAGGAAAGGGAGCUGGCUCAUCUAUACGAGCGCCGGGAGUUCCCUUACCCGGGAGACAGUGAAGCCAUGGAAGAGUUCGUCGCAAAGGGCGGAAUGAUCGGCACCACCAUCGGCCCCAAGGGCGUGGUCGAGACGGACAAGGACUCGUACAAUUACCAGAAGGAUCUGCAGAACAAGAAGUUCGACCAGGAGGCCCAGAAGCUGUGGAUCAGGAUGAGGAAUGAAGUCAUACAGGAGCUCCAAGAGAAAGGGUUCGAUGUUGAGUGAACACUGUCACAAUACCAUCAUCAAAUACAUCUUUCCAUUUCCCUUAGAAGACCUAAUACCACUGUUAUUGUGUGUUGAUUUUGCGCGCCAUGUUCUUCUCCCUCUCUCUGUCAAAGAUUGUUGUAUAAUAUUAAUCAAUUUGGGUGGAAUCC